CUGCCGAAGCGGAUGUCAUCGCCCAAGAGAGCGAGAGAGUAAUGGCGUCCGCGGCGAGCGCACGAUAGUCUCGCGGUUCGUCUGUUACACCUCGAGCUGGAUGUUGCGGCGAUCGGCUUGGCGACCCUAGCUCUCACCGUUUCCAUCCAAGGCUCUCUCCCUUUCGUUCUAUCCUUCUCUCUGUCUCUAGUCUACGAUCGACCGCGUCUAGCCGCGAGCGAAGCUCGAGAGCGUUUCGAGACGAUACGAGGAUCCGCGAAAGCGUGGCAGCCGAACUGGUGGUUGUGUGUACGUUCUCCACGUUCCGCGCGUCGUCAACGGAAAGAAGGCGACUUUGAGUUCGUAAACGUUGGUCGAAUCGACGCUAUAAUCCCGCUCGACUACUCCAGUCGAUCGAUAAUGGACUGAAAACUUUUGGAAUCCUACAUUUCAUCGUUGGACAUCGUUGUGGAUUUAUCCCGUGUGCUACAUGGAGUAACGUGACGUGAUUCUCUUCCAGAAUGGAGCCAUCAACCGACGUUAGGUCCAUUACCGUCAUGAAACACGUCUGACCCUCGUUGUUCGUUCAAGUUGGACAACGUUUAAUUGAAAAUUGCCUGUAUUUAUAUUCUCUCUCUCUAUCGUAAUGUCUGCGAAUACUCAAUUUGCAACUCCGCCGCCAGCCGUAAGCUUACCCAACAUGUCUGUGCCGCCACCGACGACUCCAAAUUUGUCGGCGCCACCGCCGAAUUUAACCACUAUAAACACAUCGGGAAACUAUCAGCAUCGGUAUGCAAACCAUCGAGAGAGUAAUCGCGGUUUCUUCAAGCCGUUUCGACCUUAUCACGCCCCAAAAAUUGUCGCUGGGGGUCAAGAUACUUUGCAAGAUGAAUUUGAUGGAAAGAGACUCAGGAAAUCCGUCAUGCGAAAGACAGUUGAUUACAAUUCGGCCAUCAUUAAAAGUUUAGAAAAUCGAGUAUGGCAGCGAGACUAUAGGGAUCGUCGCGCGCUGCAGCCAGAUGUAAUAUAUUAUCCCGAUUUACUCCCUCCACCAAGUUAUAUUGACAAUCCAAUAAAUGCAGUUACCACGAGGUUCGUAAAAACGGCUACGAAUAAAAUGCGUUGUCCAAUUUUUUGUAUGGCUUGGACACCAGAGGGUAGACGUCUCGUCACCGGCGCUUCGAGUGGAGAAUUUACUUUGUGGAAUGGCCUCACUUUCAAUUUCGAAACUAUUUUGCAGGCACAUGACAGCCCAGUGAGGACAAUGGUAUGGUCACACAAUGAAAGCUGGAUGGUAACAGGAGACCACGCGGGCUACGUGAAAUAUUGGCAGAGCAACAUGAACAAUGUCAAGAUGUUUCAAGCGCACAAAGAAGCGAUUAGAGGACUCAGUUUCAGCCCAACGGAUCACAAAUUGGCAACCUGCAGUGAUGACGGGACUGUCAGAAUUUGGGACUUUCUUCGCUGUCACGAGGAACGAAUUCUCAGGGGUCACGGUGCUGAUGUCAAGUGCGUGCAUUGGCAUCCACAAAAGAGUCUAGUCAUUUCUGGCAGUAAAGACAAUCAGCAGCCAGUGAAACUUUGGGAUCCGAAGACUGGGCAAUCUCUGGCGACUCUACAUGCGCACAAGUCGACCGUGAUGGAUGUGAAAUGGAAUGAAAACGGUAACUGGUUGGUCACUGCAUCGAGAGAUCAUCUCUUAAAACUUUUCGAUCUCAGGAAUCUUAGUCAAGAAGUUCAGACUUUCCGUGGCCAUAAGAAAGAGGCGUCUAGCGUCGCUUGGCAUCCAAGCCACGAAGGACUUUUCUGUAGCGGAGGCAGUGACGGCGCCAUACUCUUCUGGCACGUUGGAGCGGACAAGGAAGUGGGGGCGAUAGAACAGGCUCACGAUAGCAUAGUUUGGACACUAGCUUGGCAUCCACUGGGACAUAUUUUGUGUUCUGGCAGUAACGAUCACACAUCAAAGUUUUGGACGCGUAACAGACCGGGAGAUUUGAUGAGGGACAAGUACAAUCUCAAUACAUUACCGGCAGGUUCGGCCGGUAUCGAUGAUCAUGAAAUUGCUGAUGAAGCAGCGGUGAUACCGGGUAUGGGACCAGAGGAUAGAAUCAACGCAGACUGUGAAUCCGAGGACAAAAACGGCGGAAUUCCGGGUCUUGAUUUAGAUCAUGCGGUGGAUGAGAGCAAGAAAUUCGCCAACAAGAAAGUUCCGUAUAGCAAACCGAUACCGCGAAAUUUCCAAGCGCAGUGGAACGAAAUGGAAGCCGAGGAUAUUGAGCAGGUUGAAGCACUUAAUGCAUUCGUCAAUCAAUUAAUAGAGACAACGCCGGGCGCUGUACCAUUGAACGAAGUUACGCCCAACGCUAUUAUAUUGUAUGGGAAAAUGAUUCCCGUGGAAGCUGGCUCCAAACUGGCAGAAGCGAUCAGUAAAGGGACCGAUGCCAUAAAUAAGUUGGUAUUCUCCGGUGAAAUAGAAGAAUUACGGGAUGUGGUGGGUCCACCGGAUAACGUGGACGAGGCCGAGGAGUAUCUGCAGGAUGACGGCGAGAUCGAUUAUUCCAAAGUGCCCGACGUAGAUUUGCCGCCGCCCUUGCCCAGCUCUAAAUUCGCACAGAAUCCGGAGCUGUUGAAAUCGCUGAAUCGCGGCGGCAAACGCAAGUUUGAUCAGUUGAUCGGCUGGAGCGACGGCGGAGCUAGCGAUCGCAUAUCCAAGAUGCACCAGCCGGUCUUUGGAGGCGUGAUUACAGAGGACUCGCAAUCCAGCGACACCGAUCUGAGGUUUGGCAUUGGCAAACCGAAUCUUCUCGCCGCGGACAGCAAUUCCUUCCACAGUGGCCAGGACGAGGAUCAUCACAGGAGGAGCGGCCUUCACAUUGAUCCAACGAGGAGUGGCAGUCGUGGUGACGAGGAUCUCAGAUUCAACAUAUCCGCUGGUCCUGGCAGACCUGGUUCACGCAACGACUACGAUUUGCGCAGCAACAGUUUCGCGGACAAGGACUUUCGCAACAUCGGUGGUUUUCUGUUGUCCAAGUCUCUGGAUGAUGACGAUGAUGACGAUUACGACGAGCGGGAGCACGGUGGCCGUUGGGACGACGAGAAAGUCGACGGCUCACGUGGCAAAUUGGACGGCACGUUCGCCGGCAACAGUUUCGACAAGCGUGACAAUGGCAUAGCGAUGGGUCCUGGCGGUAUGGGUAACAGUAUACACGGUCAUAUGAUCGGCAUGCCUCAUCUGUCCAAUCAUCACAACAUGCAAAAUAUUAAUCCCAAUAUGCCGCCGCCGAUACCGAGCCUAGUGCCGCAUCCCAACAUGUCGCAGCAUCCUGGCAUGCAGGGCAAACCGCAUCCCGGUAUGCCCGGCAUAGAUGGUCCGAUGCCACCGCAUAUGAUGCCGCACCAUCCGAGUAUACACUCGGGUUUUGGUCCCAAUGGACCGCCGCCCGGUGGUUUCGGGCCCAACUUUCGGCCACCGCCCAACGGUAAUUUCGGCCCGAAUCACUUUAGACCGAGCCCGAUACUGCCAUUUGGACCGAAUCAGGGCCCGCCGCCGUUUGGCAACAGUUUUCAGGGGCCGCCCAGCUUCCGCGGGCCAAACGUCGCUCCGAUCAACUUCGACCGACCAGGCUUCGGGCCCAAUUUCCGCGGUCAAAAUCCCCAAGGUCAGUUGAAUAGCUUCAACUCCAGCUUUGGCAACUUUGGCAAGAACGGCCCCAGUCGCGGCAUGAGCCGUGGCGGUGGCGACAAUAUCGGCAGGAGUGGCUUUAGUAAUCGCGGUAGAGGACGUGACAACGAUCAGUCGAGAGGAGGUAGAGGAAGGGACAAUUAUUGAAGAGAUUCCUCAGAACAAUGUGCGUGUAUCUCGUACGGUCUUGCAUGGCCCGUUGAGUGAAACUUUGGCUUAUGUCAGUAUAUAAGAUAAUGUGCCGGCGUCCUCGACUCUUACUCAUGUGUGCGAAAAUAACCAUGUUCGUAUUGUGUCUACAUACACAUACACACACAGACACGUGCACACACGUGGGAGAAUAUAUAAAUACAUUUUUUUUCACGAUUCGCCUAUAAGGAGCUAACGAUUGGGCGCGCUCUAUGCUGGUUCUACGUGGAUCGAUUGUACAGGGAAUUAAUUAAACUUUUUUCUUCUUCAAAGAAGAAAGAAGUGAGAGAAAGAGAAAACGAGUCGCUGAUUCAGAUUUGGAUUUAUUCUGAAUUGAGUUGAUUUGUGUGGUGCAGUUUGCUAUGAUAUGAACAGCUUUUUCUCGAGAUAAGCGAAAUUGUAAUAUAAAUGCAUUAGAGAUCGACGACACGAAUAUUAUUCCGAUAGAAACUGUUCACAAGCUGCCUUGCGAGGAGAUUCUUGUUCCGUACACGGAGCUCGACAGAUACAUGUUAGUCGCGUUGAAUGAUGCAUAAUCUCGAAAAAGAAAUUGAACACGAAUGUAUGAUUGACUCUGUGUCCGCCGUUUGUCGUCCAAAAGGUGCGAGAGUGUCAGUCCGGAACAGUCUAUCUAUUAUUAAAAUAAAACGGAAUAACAUGAAG